AUGGCCGCGUUAGCACCGGCCAAUGACGUCAGCGUGCACUCGCCAUUCAGUCAGAGUCACGACGUGGCGGACAACCCGCGCUUGCAGGCUGCCGUGCUUCUCAUCAUCGUUGGCCUGGGAACCGCGAUGAUAACGCUGCUCAGCUUCAUGUUCAAAGACAUCGGCAACGAAGGGUCUCUGACUCACGACCUGCUUAUGAAGUCCCUCGCCUGGAAGCGGGAUCAGCGCUUACUGUCCGAGGCCUAUCGCCGCGCCAUGAAUCGCACUGCGGACCCUUGCGCAGACUUCGAGGGCUUCGUUUGUGGUACCUUUGAUUCAAGCCACGUGUUCCAAGACAUGCAGUCAAGGGCCCUGGCUGAGGCCGGCCGGCAGCUGGCGCAGACGCUCGUUCCGGCCGUCGAAGACAACGGGGUUAACCUGACGGCUGUGCAGAAGGCGGCCUCGCUGUUUCAGCUAUGCGUACGCCUUCCUUCGUUGGAGGACGACGCGGCCCCCAAGUUAUCGGCCCUGCUCCGUCAGCUGGGCUUGGGAUGGCCGCCGGACCCUCUGCCCCCGGGAUUUGUCGAGGAGACGCCGGCGCCCACCCGAACCGAGGCCGAAGCCCUGCUCCUCAAGCUGAUCGCGCUUUCUCUGCGAUGGAGCUUGCACACGCUGUUCCGUUGCCAAGUGGAGCCGGAGCGGAAGCCUCACGGCGUGUUGGUGCUGACAGUGGGGAUCAGUGACGAACUGUCCGAGUGGCUCGACGCCCGAAACGAACUGCAUCGCUUGGAGACGUACAACGAGGCGCUAAUCACUGUGGUGGCCGCGUUUCGGUGGCCCGGUGGUCGACCGCAGGCUUCAAGUGUCGUCAGAAGCGUUGCUAGUGCAGAUCGCUUGCUCACCGCGCUCAUCUCGAACACCAGCCUCUGGUCCGGUACUCGCAUAAGUGCGGAGACGUGGCGUCAGGUAACGUCACGGGUUGCCGGCCGGCAGGUGACGCCUUCGGUGGCGACAUCGACGCUGCUGACGGCGCUCGAGUACUUCGUGCUCAAGAUGACCGAUGACGCUGCAGUGACCGCUGCCUGGCUCGUGCUGCGGAAGCUGGCGCCUCUUAGCGUGAACUCUUCGCCCGAUGAGGUCGAGGCGCAAGACGCACGCUCCGGGCACUGCAUGAACUUGAUAAACCGCGAAAUGCCCCUGGCCGUCGCCUCGGCGUACGCCCGCGCUUCGGACGCAGCGGCCAACACUAGCACAUCCGCUGCAGCGAACGUGGUCAUCCGCGAAGUGGCGUCCAAGAUGGCCGAGCUAUUGGAGGCAUCGGGUCGGUUCCGAAUAGCAGAUAGUGUGCGAACCAUGCAAGUCAUCUUUCUGCUGCCUAUGGAAGACGAGGUCGUUGACGCGCUGUACGAGUCGGUUCCGGUGGCCGAUGCUCGGCGCACCUUGUUUGGCUCCUUGGCACAGACGACCAGCACUAUGGCGGAGCGUCGCUUGGCAGCGCUUGGCUCCAGGAUCGAUCACCUGUCGCUGCCCCUGUUCGCGCGACCUCUUGACUGUAGGCUGCGCUACGCGGAGUCGCUGCACGCGCUGCUGGUGCCCAUGGCGGUGCUGGAGCCGCCCGUCUUUCGCCAGACGCUCACCAACUCCGUCAACUACGGCUCGUUCGGCCGACUCGUCGCCGAGGUUUUGAUUGAGACGUUCGUGCGGAAUCCCUACAUGACCAAGCCGUGUAGCGAAGCUGCCAGCAACUUCACGGCCACUUUGCUUCGAUACGCUGCUGUCGAAAGGCCAGUGAGGCGGGCAUUUCAGGCCCAAGCCAACAACCGUACCGCUCCGAGCGAUGUCCGGCUGCUGGGCUUUCAAGACUUCAGCGACGAGCAGACGUACUUCAUUGCGGGUUGCUUCCUCCGCUGCGGCACUGAGGGGUCGUGCGCGAUGCCGUUUCGCCACAAUCGCUGGUUCUCGGCCGCAUUCGGCUGCCCCCAGAACGCGCCCAUGAAUCCGGAGGAGAGGUGUGCCUUCUGGUGA